GUUACAGGGUGCGCGUUCGUCGCGGCGCCGUUUGAUUAUCUUUCCGUCAGUGUGCCGUUCGCCGUCGGCCGAAGAUCACGUAGACGCGGCGCGUCGGGACGCACCAGAUCGGGUGGACGCUCGUGCAGGAAUCACUGAAUCCCUCAAGUAUAAAUCAUUGCUAAAAGUGCCAUGAGAAUUAUUUGAAUCUCUGGCGAGUAUUCUGAGCCUCUUUUUCUCAGAAUUACGUCAUUUCGAUUUUUGAAUAAAAAAAUAUAUAUAUAUAUAUAUACGAUUGUGACGCGUUAUGGGCACGUGGCAGGCAUGAGGCUGAUCGUUGGAAGUUUUUAACUGAUCCGAAUUGGAAAUCGCAGAGGAGUGACGUGUAACUUAUAGGAAAGUUUUGCAGGAGUUGACCUUCUCAACUUGGCAUGGGACAAGUGUCAGGUUCCCAAGUGUACUGAAAGGUUCACAUGGUAUUUUCACUGAUCCAUGGGACAUCAGGCAAGUUAAUUGAAAACUAUAAUGGGUGUCUCCAGGUACUGGUUGCUCCUAGGUGGUGGUGGUUAAAGGGGAAUGAAUACGAAUGAGACGGAAGCAGGGAAACGCAAACAGAGAAUCCUAUAGGAAUAAUGAAUGAAUAACAGAUGAAAAACAAAUAGAUUCCGAGGUGGCUGAUAACAGUGUAGUAACUCGAAAGGCUCUACGGUGCAAAUCCUAAGGUACCAGCUGAUCAGGAUUCGUAAUGGAUCAAAGAUCUUGUGAAUUAUUAGUGACCGUGUCUAGUACAACGUUGUGUUAAGAAAAACGCAGUGUCGGUGUGAUGAUAAGUGACAGAGUGUGUUUUAUGGUUCCGUAAAAGAAAGAAGUUACAACAGUUUGCAGGUCCUGAAGGAGAUAAAUAAAAAUCAAGAAAAAGGGUGAUAAAGGACUUGAGAGAGAGGAGAGUAAAGGAAGGAAAGGAAAAAGCUAAGUUUUCAUCUCAGCUUCCGAUUCUGAACUGUAAUAAACGUAGGGUAAACAAACAAACGAAAAUAAAAAGAGGGCGAAAAGAAGAUCAGAGAAAAAAGGGAGGAAAAUGAAUUUGAGAGAGUGGGAAGAGAAGGUUUAAUUAAAGUUUAAUUAAAGGCAAAACAUAUCGUACCGUCACCGUGUGGACGUGGCGAGCCGUUAAUACGCCCCCAAAAAUUAGAAAGGGAAAUCGAACGAAAAGCCUGCAUUAUGAUAUUGCAGUAUCUGCCAAAGGAGUUAUUCGAUUCAUUAGGACGUCAAAUAGCAGCAUAUCGUGAGGUCAGGGUCAGUAAGAUCCUCUAUCGGUAAUUCAUAUUUUCCCUCCUCGUUCGAGUCCCAGUAACUCGCCGCCAUCUUCGUGCUCUGGAACUAACUAGCGGCUGGCAAAUCUUACGCGAGGACAGUGCGCGUCUGGAAGACUUAGAAAAAGUGAAACUGUCGGUAGAACAAGAUAUGGACGAAUGUGUAUACAGUGGAUAGAGUGAUUUUUUCUGUCUGGAUAUGAUCGGUAUACGCACUCCACACAAGACGUCGAUCGAUUAACGAUUUGGUCAGAUCGACGCGGAUAAAACGUUAUUGGGCAACGUGAGGUUAAGUGCAUCUGGUGCGAUGUUGUGCUGUGCUUCCAGAAGGUUCGAGACGCGUGCAACUAAAUCGAGUUUGUUGACGGAACGAUAAAUCACUCGUUGAGUCCUUAUAAAUAGAUAAGGCCUCUUUUCCUGUCGACCUCGACAGGAAGGGCACGAGAGUUUCAGUGCUCCGAAGACCUCGAGGAAAGAUAUGACAGAGUUUGCAGUAGUGCAGGAGGUAACGUGGAGACUGCCCGAAUAAAGAAAAACAAAACGCCGAAGGACGAGAAAAAGGACACAUUGGUGAAACUAAUAUAGAGCCAAGAAACAUGUGGAGUGUCCUGCUCCUUCUGGGACUAAGUACCGAGGUCGCGUACGCUGCCAGUACCACUCCAGUGCCCACCGUGAAAUUAGUUGACGUACAGAACAUCACAGCUGUCGAGGGAAAGGUGGUGGAGCUACCUUGUGACAUCAAGCCAACAGGAUACGAUACCCUUUAUAUGGCAUUCUGGUUCAAGGACGAUAAUGGAAUACCUUUUUAUGCAAUUGACAGCCGCGGAAAACCUUUGACGAAAGCAGCUCACGUGCCAAUCGCAGGUGGUUUCGGAACUAGAGCCUAUUUCCGAACGACCAUUCAGCAUCCAGCUGUUUUGGUCCUCGAAGAUAUUCGUCGACACGACGCAGCGUCGUAUCGAUGCCGGGUCGACUUCAAGCUUGCGCAGAGUCGCAGUUACCGCUACAAUUUGGCAGUGAUCGUUCCGCCGGAAGAGCCAACGAUUCUCGACAGAAUGGGACACGUGUUAAACGGAACGGCUGGUCCUUACAAGGAAAACGACGAGUUGCUACUGACCUGUCGCGUCAUCGGUGGUAAACCGGAGCCCAAAGUCAGGUGGCUGAUCAACGGAAAAAUACGGGACGAAGAAUCCGAGCAUACUGCCGGUGACGUCAUUGAAAAUAAGUUAAUUCUGCCUUCGACCACUCGUGCAGAGCACAACUCCGUUUUCACGUGUCAGGCACUGAAUACCGAUCUGGUCGAGCCAAAGGAGACGUCGCUUGUCUUGGACCUCAAUCUCAAACCGCUCACUGUGAAUAUAAACACACCGGCUGACAAGGGUGGUCUGCUCGCUGACAAACGGUACAACGUGACCUGCGAGACGACCGGUUCGCAGCCUCCGGCAGUGAUCACCUGGUACAAGGGAAAGAGACAACUGAAGCACGUGCAGUUGCAGGAACAAAAGGCCGAUAAUCGCACGGUGAGCCUGAUGAACUUUGCUCCGGGCGUCGAGGACGCCGGGAAGAACGUGACCUGCAGGGCGGAAAAUCCUAACGUUACAGGAUUCUACUUGGAGACCUCAUGGACAAUCAAUGUCGUAUAUCCACCAAUAGUCUCGUUGCGAUUAGGAUCCACCCUUAACGCCCAGGACAUUAAGGAGGGUGACGACGUAUAUUUUGAAUGUCACAUCAAGGCGAAUCCACCAUGGUCGAAACUCACCUGGAUUCAUAACCAUGAAAUCCUGACGCACAACACAUCAGCCAGGAUCAUCUGGUCGAAUCAAAGUCUCGUCCUGCAGAGCGUGACCAGGAGCAGCGCCGGUUCAUACGUUUGCGCUGCCACGAAUUCCCUCGGGGAAACCAAAAGCGAACCGCUGCCGUUUCGCGUGAAAUACGCACCGGUCUGCACGGAAGACAGGAUCGUCGUGAUCGGCGCGUCGCGUGGCGAAUCCGUCGACGUGCCCUGCAAGGUCGACGCCGAUCCACCCGCCCACAGCUUCAGGUGGAAGUUCAAUAACAGCGGCGAAACUCUCGAAGUCGCCACGGGAAGAUAUUCCAUCGAAGCCAGCGGCGUGAGCAUCUUGAAUAUCACUCCGGCCACGGAAUUGGACUACGGGACUUUAUCGUGCUGGGCAGAGAACAGCAUCGGUUCUCAAUUCCGACCGUGCGUCUUCCAGCUGGUGACUGCCGGCAAACCAUUUCCCGUCCGCAAUUGCACCCUGGCUAAUCAGACCUACACCAGCGUCGAAGUCAGAUGCGUCCCUGGCUACGACGGCGGUCUCCCCCAGAGCUUCAUCCUCGAGGUCUACCACGGCGACCUGGACCUACCAAACAUCCGGCCGCUCUACAACGUCACGGCCAAGGAGGAACCCGUCUUCGCGCUUUCCGGCCUGGAAGCAUCCGUCGACGCCGGAGUUCACGUGGCCGUCUACGCCGCGAAUGCAAAAGGACGCAGCGCGCCGGUUAUCAUGAGCGAGGUGACGUUUCGCGACGCCGAGAAACGCACCGGACAAGACGCCGGCAUCGUGUUAUCCCCUGUGAUAGGGGUGGUUGUUGGUGCCCUGGUCACUCUGGUGCUGAUCGUCCUUGUAGUCGUUGUCAGGGCGCGCAGGGAACGUGUUUCCAAACCGAGACACGAGAAACCAGCCGAACUGAGUGAACUGCCCACGCAACAAUAUCCGAUUCAGAAUUCCCAGCAGACUAUGGAAACGGAUCCUGACGUGAUACCUAAUAAAUUUGAAGGGAACCUGGUGGAAGUUAGUCCUCCGAGCUACCCUGGUGGUUAUCCACCAGGACAUUGGGUGACUCCUGGUCCUACACCUAGCAUAGAUGAAUUAUGCCAUAAAUUCUCCGGACGACCGACCGAACUGAGGUUACCGUCCAGAUCGAGCAUCCCGACGCUCCCCACCGUCGGGAUGACCGGCGUCGUCGUGGGUGCUGGCCAGGGAGUCAUCGUCGCCGGGGAGUGCCUCGACGGCGAAGCCAUCAAGAGACGCCUGAUGGCGAACAGACUUCCGGAAAGUUGUGUCUAGGCAAGAAUUUCAAAACCGGAUACGAGUAAGCCCUCGACCCACAAGAGAAAUUCUUUGGCCACCCGGAGCGAUGGGAAAUGAGGAAACGCGAGAAGCAAUGUGAAAAAUCGAAAGAUCCCAAAGAGGAAGCUAGAGAACCGUUUUGAAUUUUGAAAAAAAAAAGUGCGAAAAAUAUUUUCUCUCGAAAUUCUACCAAUACGUAAAUUCGUACACACCUCUCUCUCUCUCUCUCUUUCUCACCCCCCCUCUCUCUCUCUCUCUCUCUCUCUCUCUCUCUCUUUCUUUCGAUUUUACGCAUUUUUCAAAAAUCUCAUCUCCCUGUCACAUUCCAUUCUCUAGAGAACCUAGACUGUUUUUUUUUUUUCGAAAUUUCCAAACUUCGGAUGCCACCACGGAAUUGGUCCAGCUUAUCGAUACCUUGUGUAGUCGUCACUCGAUACCGAUCGCCAAUCUCCAUCAUUUUGCCCAACCGUCGACACACAUUUAGUAUACAUACGAGGUAUUCGAUGUUUAAAAUGAAAUCAAUUUUUUGCAAAAUCCAACUCAUCAUCAUUUUGUACUACUUUUAUAUCGUUGAUACAGAACGGCCGAUUCAUCUCACCAGUAAUUAACUCUAGAGAUCUCAAGUUGAAAUGUACCAACGACAAAUGCUGUUUACGUUCUUAUGUGUUAUACAAUUAUGUUAUACAAUCUACACGUGUAAUAAGAAAAAGACACGUUGUCCAUUUCUUUCUGUUAUCUCUUACUGGCGGAAGUGAUAACGUUCGUAAGCUUAUUUAUAUCCAGAUUACCAAAUACGAAACCCACUAAUGAGAAGACCAAUUAAGACAGCCUCCUGACGCAAAAAGUACCCACCUACCGUAGCGGACAACACGGAAAUAGAUUUCCAGUGAGAUGAAGUCGGGAUUAAUUACGGGGAUCUCUAUAAUUGAAUACUUUGAAAUUCUCACCUGAGAUAAUUAAACGACAAAGAAAAAUUAAUCUUCACCCAUUUUUCGUAAGAGACUAUUAAACACCGCUAAAAAAAACGAGCGUAUACAGGGUGUACCCCAUUUGAUAGUAGUAUUCGUUCGAUACGAAUCUGUUAAGAAAUUUCGUUAAAUUUGCCAAAAUUCCUAGUUCAAUGAAUACUCUAAUUGAAUCACCCUGUAUAUGUUAUUCCACAUGAGAAACCUGCGAGGAUUACCCAGGGUGCGCGCUGCCUCGUAUAAUGGUACAUUCCGAUGAUUUCGAAUGAUUGAAUAUCAAUCGUCAAUUGAAUGGAUACAAUUGCCAAUCUUCAUCCUAACAAUACGUAUAUAUCGAGAAUCAUUCUGCAGGAUGAAAAUGGGAAGAAUAAGAAGAAUAUUAUUUCAAGAGAAGUGAAAUCGAGGCAGACUAAGCUCAAGGGAUGUAAUCACCUAAUUGUAUAAAUAAUUGUAUGUGUGAUGAGGAUUCAAUGAUAAUGGUUAAUUUAUUUAAAAAAUGAAAAAUUGAGCAAGAGUUACUUACGUAACGGCAGAAUACAUAAUACAAGAUGAAGCAGAUUCGAAUUCUUCUCAGUGUAAAAAAAAAGCAAACGUUACUUGUUAGCAACCAUUGUAUCACUGUAUAUAAUUGUUAAAAAAAAAGAGAGAAAAAGAAAUCUUUAAAAAAUUAAGUGUAAUCGUGACGGACAAUGAUCUCGAAUGAUAUUUUGGAAAAAAAAUACGCCAAUUAUUUUUCAUUGAUAUUCCGAUAGGGUUGAGGAGGCAUUUAUGGGCGACUUGGAUUUGCUUAAUUCUAAUGGCUGAUCGAUCAUCGUCAUUCAGAGAUGCAUUGAUUGGCUCGCGAUUUUUCUUUUUCCUUCUUUUUAUCUCUUUUGUAUUUUGAGUUUACGUGCGAAGGAAGCUGGACGUUCGAAAAUCGAUAUCGCCGUAACGAUAAAUUUAAUAAUAAUAUCGUCUUGUAUAUCGACUGUGACUUAUUCUCACGUCCAUGGAAAAAUUCCACCCGGGUAAUAAACAAGGGUGAUUUCCAUCGCGGAUCGUAUAUUAAGGAUUACUCUCAGAAAUUGUACAUAAAGCCAAUGUCAUAUGAAAUCCAUGUACAUUUAAUUGACAUUAAUACUCUAAGUUCACUGUAUGUAUAGGCGACUUCAUAUCCGAAAUUCCAUAUCAUGUAACUUGUAUGUGUAUAUAUAUAUAGAUACGUAGAUAUAUACAUAUAUACAGUUUGAAUCCGAAUAAACUGU